CGGCUCCUGUCCGCAGCGGCAGCAGGGGCAGCGCCGGCCCGGGCACCGGGGAGCGGAGAUCGGGCAGCGGGGCCAGCGAUGGGGCUGGGUGCCCGGACGCGCCCCGGCUGAGCCGUCCCGUCCCGUCCCGCCCCGGCGGACCUUGGCCGGCCGGGGAGCGGCCGGGGAUGCUGGCGGGAUGCCGGCCAGCGGGGCGGCCGCGCUGCUGGUCCCGGCAGUGCUGGGCUGGGCUCUGCUGCUCUGGACCCUGCCGCCCACCCUGCCCCAGCCGCUGUCGCAGCCCCGUGAGUCCCGGCAUGUGGUGGAGACCGAGGCCGUCUUCGACACCUCCUACACCGACUCCGUCAACGCCAGCCUGCUCCACAUCUACGCCUUCGACCACACCGUCCGCAGGAACCGGACCGAGGGCGUGCGGGUCUCGGUCAACGUGCUCUCGGACCCCAAGAACUUGCCGGUGCUCUUCGUGGUGAGGCAGAGGGAAGCUGUGGUCUCCUUCCAGGUGCCGCUCAUCCUCCGCGGGCUGUACCAGCGGAAGUACACGUACCAGGAGGUGAGCCGCACGCUCUGCCAGCCUCAGACCAAGGCGGAGGUGGAGACCCAGAACUUCUACGUGGAUGUCUCCACGCUGUCCCCCAACGCCUCCUACCUGCUGCGGGUCACCCGCGUGGAGAACUUUGUGCUGCGGACCAAUGAGAAGUUCAGCUUCAAUGCCACAGCUGCCCAGCCGCAGUACUUCAAGUACGAGUUCCCCACGGGAGUGGACUCCGUGAUCGUGAAGGUGACCUCGGCCAUGGCCUUCCCCUGCUCUGUCAUCUCCAUCCAGGACAUCCUGUGCCCUGUGUAUGACCUGGACAACAACGUGGCCUUCAUCGGCAUGUACCAGACCAUGACCAAGAAGGCAGCCAUCACGGUGCAGAAGAAGGAUUUCCCCAGCAACAGCUUCUACGUGGUGGUGGUGGUGAAGACCGAGGACGAGGCCUGCGGGGGGGCUCUGCCCUACUACCCCCUCUCCAAAAAUGCCUCCCCAGAGGAACCUGUGGACCAGCACAACCGGCAGAAGCUGCUGGAGGUGAUGGUGUCGCCUGCCAUAACCUCGGAGGCCUACGUCAGCAGUGUCCUCUUCUGCCUGGGCAUCUUCCUCUCCUUCUACGUCCUCACGCUGCUCAUCGCCUGCUGGGAGAGCUGCCGGCAGCAGAAGAGGAAGGGGCUCCUGGCAGCCAUGGACUCGCCCAGCCUGGACACGGCAUCCCUACUGGGGCACAGCCGCAGCAUCCCCAGCUCCUUCCUGGGCCAUUCCCCCUACGACAGCUACGGCUAUGGCUCCUUCGGGAAUGGUUCCUCCAGCAGUGCCGAGGGUGUCACGGACAGCAUGGGCUCCGUGGAGGUCACCUACAGCUACGUGGGGCAGGAGCAGUUCAAGCGGCGCACACCCUCCACCCCGAUGAGGCCGCUGAGCAUUGCCAUGGGGGAGCGGUCGCUGGAGAACGUGGCCGGGCGGCCGCGCCUGGACUCGCUCAGCUCGGUGGAGGAGGACGACUACGACACGCUGGCCGACAUCGACUACGACAAGAACGUGAUCCGCACCAAGCAAUUCCUCUGCGUGGCUGACCUGGCGCGCAAGGACAAGCGAGUGCUGCGCAAGAAGUACCAGAUCUACUUCUGGAACAUCGCCACCAUCGCCGUCUUCUACGCCCUCCCUGUCAUCCAGCUCGUCAUCACCUACCAGACGGUGGUCAACGUCACCGGCAACCAGGACAUCUGCUACUACAACUUCCUCUGCGCCCACCCGCUGGGGAACCUCAGCGCCUUCAACAACAUCCUCAGCAACCUGGGCUACGUCCUGCUGGGUCUGCUCUUCCUGCUCAUCAUCCUGCAGAGGGAGAUCAACUACAACCGAGCGCUGCUGCGCAACGACGCCCACGCCCUGGAGUGCGGCAUCCCCAAGCACUUCGGGCUCUUCUACGCCAUGGGCACAGCUCUCAUGAUGGAAGGGCUGCUCAGCGCCUGCUACCACGUCUGCCCCAACUACACCAACUUCCAGUUCGACACCUCCUUCAUGUACAUGAUCGCCGGGCUCUGCAUGCUGAAGCUCUACCAGAAGCGGCACCCAGACAUCAACGCCAGCGCCUACAGCGCCUACGCCUGCCUGGCCGUCGUCAUCUUCUUCUCGGUGGUGGGCGUGGUCUUCGGCAAGGGCAACACAGCCUUCUGGAUCAUCUUCUCGGUCAUCCACAUCGUGGCCACCCUGCUGCUCAGCACCCAGCUCUACUACAUGGGGCGCUGGAAGCUGGACUCGGGCAUCCUGCGCAGGAUCCUGCACGUGCUGUACACGGACUGCGUGCGGCAGUGCAGCGGGCCCAUGUACGUGGAUCGCAUGGUGCUGCUGGUCAUGGGCAACAUCAUCAACUGGUCGCUCGCUGCCUACGGCCUCAUUGUCCGCCCCAAUGACUUCGCUUCCUACCUGCUGGCCAUCGGCAUCUGCAACCUCCUCCUCUACUUCGCCUUCUACAUCAUCAUGAAGCUCCGCAGCGGUGAGCGCAUCAAGCUCAUCCCCCUGCUCUGCAUCGUCAGCACCUCGGUGGUCUGGGGCUUCGCCCUCUUCUUCUUCUUCCAGGGGCUCAGCACCUGGCAGAAAACGCCGGCGGAGUCCCGGGAGCACAACCGGGACUGCAUCCUGCUCGACUUCUUCGACGACCACGACAUCUGGCACUUCCUCUCCUCCAUCGCCAUGUUUGGCUCCUUCCUGGUGCUGCUGACGCUGGACGAUGACCUGGACUGUGUCCAGCGGGACAAGAUCUACGUCUUCUAGGGGCCCGCAGCCGCCCGCCGCCCUGGCACCGUGCCAAACGCCUGGCUGCAGCCCCUGGAGGGGGGACCCCGCCCCUGGGGAGGGAUG